CACGGAGCUACAGUGUAAAAUGAAUUUGAGGCGGAAUGAGACUCGGCUGGUCUGAACUCAACCGAAAAUUAUUUUGGUGAAACCGCGACAGACUCCAGCUCAGAUAAGGGCUCGACCAUGACUCACGGCGAUGACUGCUGUACCACAGCAGAAGACGGAGCCGAGAGCGACCAGCAACAGCCUCUCAUUUUGGAAAGAGUGGAGAAGGAAAAGCCAAAAAGCUGGCAAUCCGUCGCGUCACAACGUCUAAAGAAACAUUGCUCGUGCACCCAAAAGAAAGCUAAAUCCAAAAUACUGGGCUUCGUCCCAAUUCUCAAAUGGCUGCCACGCUACCAGCUCAGGGAAUGGCUGCUGGGUGAUGCCAUGUCAGGACUGAUUGUUGGAAUUCUGUUGGUCCCUCAGUCCAUAGCGUACUCGUUAUUGGCCAGUCAGGACCCUAUAUAUGGUCUUUAUACUUCUUUCUUCGCUUCCAUCAUCUAUGCCUUCUUAGGCACUUCUAGACACAUCUCAGUGGGGAUUUUUGGGGUGCUCUGCUUGCUUGUGGGUCAGGUUGUGGAUCGAGAGUUAGCUUUGGCAGGUUACCUCACAGAAAGUAGCGUCCUUAGUGUCAACGACAGUGCCGUCCUGCUGGCUGGCCAGGGGAACGGCACUGUUGAAUGUGACAGAAGCUGCUAUGCAAUAACAGUUGGAACUACGGUUACCUUUACUGCUGGAGUUUACCAGGUGCUAAUGGGCAUUUUCCAGGUAGGCUUCGUCUCCGUCUACCUCUCUGACUCCCUACUUAGUGGCUUCGCAACAGGAGCCUCCCUGACGAUUCUCACAUCCCAAAUCAAGUACCUUCUGGGCCUGAAGAUCCCGAGGCCUCAGGGCUGGUUUACUCUGUUUAAGACCUGGUACAGCCUGUUCACCAACCUGGGAAAAACCAACAUUUGUGACCUAGUGACCAGUUUGGUCUGUUUGCUGAUACUGAUACCUACCAAGGAGCUCAACGACCGCUUCAAAGCAAAGCUAAAGGCUCCAAUCCCCUUCGAGCUCUUUGUGGUGGUCAUUGCUACUCUGGCUUCACACUUUGGCCACUUUAACACUGACUAUGGGUCGGGCGUGGCUGGUGACAUCCCCACAGGCUUCCUCCCUCCGCAGCUGCCGUUGUGGUCUCUGAUCCCAAACAUAGCCGUUGAUGCCUUCUCCAUUGCCAUUGUGGGGUUCGCCAUCACUGUCUCACUGUCAGAGAUGUUUGCCAAGAAGCACGGCUACACAGUGGACGCCAACCAGGAGAUGUACGCCAUCGGCUUCUGCAACAUCGUGCCGUCGUUCUUCCGCUGCUUCACCACCAGCGCCGCGUUGACGAAGACCCUGGUCAAGGAGUCGACAGGGUGUCAGACUCAGAUAUCUGGUCUGGUCACCGCCCUCGUCCUGCUGCUGGUGCUGCUGGUUAUUGCACCACUCUUCUAUUCCCUUCAAAAAUGUGUCUUAGCCGUCAUCAUCCUGGUUAACCUUCGCGGAGCUUUGCGAAAGUUCACCGACAUCCCCCGCAUGUGGCGCACCAACCGUGUUGAUGCUUCCAUCUGGCUAAUAACCAUGGCAACCUCUGCGCUGGUCAACACAGAGCUCGGUCUCCUCGUCGGGGUUAUGGUUUCAGCCUUCUGCGUCCUGGGCCGAACGCAGCAAGCCCAUGUCGUGGAGCUUGGUCGGGCUGCGACCAGGGAGCAUUAUGAGGAUCUGUCGUCUUACCGCGGCCUUCGGAGGCAUCCUGGAGUGGCUGUUUUUAGAUACGAGGCUCCAAUCUACUACGCCAACCAGAGCCUGUUCAAAAAAUCUCUCUACAAGUGUGUCGGGCUCGAUCCUGUGAAGGAGAAAGCCCGGCAAAUUAGGUUCAAGAAGAAGAACAAGCAGCAGGGAGAGGCUGCUGGAGUCCCAGAUAUGAAGUCCAGGGAUACAGAGGGUGCAGGGAAAGAGGGUGGGGUUGAAGAUGGAGCCAACGUAACCUUGAUGCUCGACAAGAAAUCUUCCGGUAGCUUACGCAGUAUUGUGAUCGACUGCAGCGCCAUCUUGUUUCUAGAUACUGCUGGGGUCAAUGCUCUGAAAGAGGUCCGCAAAGAUUACAGAGAACUUGGGAUCAAGGUGAUCCUGGCCCAGUGUAAUACCUCAAUACUAGACUCACUGGAAACAGGGGGAUACUACCCUGAUAAAAAAGAUAGUGAUGGAGGAGAGGACAAAAUUAUAUUCUUCACCAUCGCAGACGCCGUCCGCUACGUCCAAAACCUCUCAGCUCCUAAUGGAGAUUAUGACACCAAAUGCUGAAAAUAUCUAUCCAAAUAUCUUAGUGUACAUGUAUAUUAUGUAUGCUGUUGUACAUCUUAGAUAAUACAGCGUGCCUUGUAAUGCUCCAGGCAUCCAACAUAUAUCCUACAUAAGCUGCAGACAAUUCUUUAUUUAAUACGGUUUCAGAAUAUUACAUGCUGAAAGACUUUCUCAUAACAAAUGUGACCAAAGAACAAAGUACCUAAAGUUAAAAGAGAAACUUUACAGUGGCAAUAAUCUACUUCACUUUGGGUGACAUUUUCUCCUGUUUGCACAGUCACCCAAUCAAACUAUGUAUAUAGGGUUAUUUACAGUCACUUUCUAACUCAAUUUGAAAUUGUGACCCUUAAAUUGAAAAGUUAGGUCAAAUCUUGAGGUACAGUAGCAGUUUAUUUUCCAAAUCUACUGUGUAACACAGUAUGUUUUUUAAUAAUAGUCUAUCACAGUUAUUAAUUCAAAUGUUAACAUCCCUACAAUGUAGUCACAUGCAGAGUGGCUAUAAACCUUUAUUUUAUUUCACAGCAGAGACCAUCGUUAACUAGAAAUAUAUAUAAUUUAGUCAGAGCCCUCGUCUGUAAAUUGCAAUCCUGUAAAGGCAGAUAAUGAUGUUGUAGGUUGAGAUAUGUGCAAAAAAGUGAAAGGUUUGUCAUGGAACUCUUAACUGAUGAAUGAAAUUCAACAGUUUAAUAAUCAUUUGAAAGGGUUACCUCUUAAAUGAAAUGUUUUUAUGUAACAUAAAUCAUAGAUCAAAGUCUCUCUUGCUAUCCUUUUAAAAAUAUUUAUUUUGUACUAUAUAAUAUAUAUAUAGAUAGAUGUAGCUGAUGGUAUGAUUGUCCACAAUGCAGGUUUCUCUAAAACCAGUGAUAAUCAAGUUUGGUUGUUUUUUGUCCAGCAAGAAAAGACUAGUUCAUGUUUACAAAGCCUUGAAGCAGUAAAUGAACACAAACUGUUGAAUGAAUGGGGGAGAGAAUGCUUGACUUGAGCAAACAACAGUAGAAUUUUACAAAAAGCGGUUUACUUUUUGUAUCCUUCAUGUUUCUAAACUGCAGUGCCUUUAGUGAUACCUAUACAGUGCCUAUAUUGUACUAAUGUGUACUGUGAAAGUAUGUUCUCAGUGAAUGUUUCAUAUCAGGUCUUUUGACAAAAGAAUGCCUUUCCCUUUAACUGUUACAACUGGACAAGUUAAAGCAACUACAAGGAAAGUUUUAUUUUGUGUUUAUUUUGAAAUCCCCAGCGACAAAAGCAGUAGUGUUUCAGGGGCACCACAUAUUGUAAAGAUCUUGAUCUGGCUGUGCAUUUUUUUGUUUUGGAAGGGAGUGAAAGAAAGAUGCAACUUAUUUUAAUACAAUUUCCUUUCUUACACGUGGCUACAGUUGUUUAUUUGUGGGUAUGUGACAUUAAUAACUGUAAUAUGAUGGUAAAAAUAAGUAAACUUGUGUAAGCCACCACAAUUUCAUAUAUAGAUGUUAAACUACAUCUCACAAUGUAUUUAAUACAUGAAAUAGCCAUAUUUCACAUACUUGUCUAGGAGGAAGAGGGCCUAAUAAGGAAUUGGUCUUAAUUCCUUUCAAAUCACAAAACUGAGACUGUUUCAUAACCAGUUAAAACUCCUUGUAGUUGCUUUAACUAUUUUUACUUCUUCCAAAGAGCACCAUUAACUCAUGAUCCACAACCUUACUGUUACCAUUAUUUUAUUUCUCCAUAAGUUUUUAUCGGUUACUUCAGGAGAACAAAGGUUAUUUUGAGGAGGAGGAUUUCAUUUUGGAACAAAUCUCCUCCGCUCUGGUAGUUUUUAAAUCCUGACAGUCUGAUACUGAAUGUGUCACUUUGAUGUAGUACUUUAUGUUUGUCUACAGUCCGUGUUUGCUGAGGGCGACAACAAUACUGACUGUUAAUGUGGCUUGGUAAAUAAGUGCCUGGUGAUGAAUGAGGGCAAAGUUUGAGUUAAAGUAAAGCUGUUUUAUACAGUGAAUGUCAUGUGAGACUUGCAUCAAAACUGCUUUCUUGUUCCAAUCAAACGUCAAACUAGCCUAUUUCUUUGUGUGUAAGCGAUAAGAACAACAAACUGUAAGCCAGUUUAUUAUUAAAUAAAUUAUAUAUGCUAUCAUAAUUUAAAUACUGAAGGUUUAUUCAUUUAUAUUUUGCUCAGGGUUAGCUUCAUGGUGAUGUGAUUGGGCUCAUAAUUAAAGGUACCCUGUGAAGUUUUUUCACCUCUAGCAGUACUGUGGAGCAUUUGAGUGUAUUGCUGACUUGUUUGCAUGCAGCUGAUACAAUGCACGUUAGUGUAAAAAAAAUGCAAUACAUUGUCCAAAACAUUGGCUUUGAGUAGGGUUUAUGAAGAAGGAAAUUAACUCGUAUUUGUAUGACCUGAAGGAUGCAAACAAUGCUUUUUGUUAAGCAACACUGACUAUGAAUAUACCUUUUGUUCGUUUAUGCGAAAACUCCACAGGGCACCUUUAAACAAUGUCCCAAACAUUACUGCAGAAGAGCCCGGACGCCCUUGUCUUAAAUAGCCUUUGCUGCAGGGUGUGAGAGUUAAGGGAGGAGAAGUGUUGAAAGUCAGGUAGGCAGCGUAGAAGUAAAAAGCAGAUGUUCUGGAGCUCAAGGGAAUUGCUCUACUGGAGGACUUCUGCAAGGUUAAUACUGUUACAGGGGAUAUAAUCAGGUCAUCUGAGUCCAGAGAAGUGCAAAUUUAUAACAGUCCUCACUAAAGCCUUUUAUGAGAACUUUUUUUUUUUUUUUAAAAGAAUAAGUAUUUAUUUUUAAACCAACAUGUAGCUGUGCACAAAUGCUGUUUUGGGGUUACAGUAGCUAUUUUUCUUUACUUAAACUUUCCUCUAAAUGUUUCUGAUAAUGCAGCUGUUAAUCCUCCUAUCAGACAGAAAGUUUCACAGUACCCAUUCAAUUUUUUUAAUUUUGCCUCACUGGGCUUUACAAUCAAUACAGCUCUGACACCUGGUGUGCUAUGGUGCUUGCUUCAAAUGUGGAAAAUCCAGUGAAACCACAACAGCACCUCAGACUACUGACAUCUCCCCAAUAUUAUCAUGUAUCCCAUAAUUGAAAAUAUUGUUCUGUAAUGCAUUUACAUAUAUUAAAACAUAUGAAAAAUA